CCAUGAGAACCAGAAAGCAUUGGAGCUACGGACAGAGGAUGCUAAAGACUGUGACGAGUGGGUGGUGGCCAUCGCUCAUGCCAGCUACCGAACCCUGGCCACGGAGCACGAAGGGCUGAUGCAGAAGUACCUGCACCUGCUGCAGAUUGUGGAGACAGAGAAAACGGUGGCUAAGCAGCUGCGGCAGCAGAUCGAGGAUGGGGAGAUCGAGAUCGAGCGGCUGAAGGCGGAGGUGACCUCGAUCGCCUCCCUGCUCAAGGACAAUGAGCGCAUCCAGUCCACGCAGACGAUCACGCCCAGUGACGAAGACAGCGACAUCAAGAAGAUCAAGAAGGUGCAGAGCUUCCUGCGGGGCUGGCUGUGCCGACGCAAGUGGAAGACCAUCAUCCAGGACUACAUCCGGUCGCCGCACGCCGACAGCAUGCGCAAGAGAAACCAGGUGGUGUUCAGCAUGCUGGAGGCCGAGGCCGAGUACGUGCAGCAGCUGCACAUCCUGGUCAACAACUUCCUGCGCCCACUGCGCAUGGCCGCCAGCUCCAAGAAGCCGCCCAUCACACACGAUGACGUCAGCAGCAUCUUCCUGAACAGCGAAACCAUCAUGUUUCUGCACCAGAUCUUCUACCAGGGCUUGAAAGCCCGCAUCUCCAGCUGGCCCACACUGGUCUUGGCCGACCUGUUUGACAUCCUGCUGCCCAUGCUGAACAUCUACCAGGAGUUUGUUCGCAACCACCAGUACAGCCUGCAGAUCCUGGCGCACUGCAAGCAAAACCGAGACUUUGACAAGCUGCUGAAGCACUAUGAGGCCAAGCCCGACUGUGAGGAGAGGACGCUGGAGACCUUCCUCACCUACCCCAUGUUCCAGAUCCCCAGGUACAUCCUGACGCUGCACGAGCUCCUGGCCCACACACCACACGAGCACGUGGAGCGGAACAGCCUGGACUACGCCAAGUCCAAACUGGAGGAGCUGUCCAGGGUCAUGCACGACGAAGUGAGCGAAACGGAGAACAUCCGCAAGAACCUGGCCAUCGAGCGCAUGAUCAUCGAGGGCUGUGAGAUCCUGCUCGACACCAGCCAGACCUUUGUGAGGCAAGGUUCCCUCAUCCAGGUGCCCAUGUCCGAAAAGGGCAAGAUCACCAGAGGGCGCCUGGGGUCCCUGUCGCUGAAGAAGGAGGGCGAGCGACAGUGCUUCCUGUUCUCUAAGCACCUGAUUAUCUGCACCAGAGGCUCUGGUGGGAAACUGCACCUGACCAAGAAUGGAGUUGUUUCCCUCAUUGACUGCACUUUGCUGGAGGAGCCGGAGAGCGCCGAGGAGGAAGCCAAGGGCUCGGGCCAAGAUGUAGAGCACUUGGACUUCAAGAUCGGGGUGGAGCCAAAGGACGCCCCGCCCUUCACGGUCAUCCUCGUGGCCUCGUCCAGACAGGAGAAGGCGGCGUGGACCAGUGACAUCAGCCAGUGUGUAGACAACAUCCGGUGUAACGGGCUUAUGAUGAACGCCUUUGAGGAGAACUCCAAGGUCACCGUGCCGCAGAUGAUCAAGUCAGACGCCUCCCUAUACUGCGAUGAUGUUGACAUUCGCUUCAGCAAAACCAUGAACUCCUGCAAAGUGCUGCAGAUCCGCUACGCCAGCGUGGAGCGGCUGCUGGAGAGGCUGACAGACCUGCGCUUCCUGAGCAUCGACUUCCUCAACACCUUCCUGCACUCCUACCGCGUCUUCACCACGGCCGUGGUGGUCCUGGACAAACUCAUCACCAUCUACAAGAAGCCCAUCAGUGCCAUCCCUGCCAGGUCUCUAGAACUCUUGUUUGCCAGUGGCCAGAACAACAAGCUACUAUACGGUGAGCCCCCCAAGUCCCCACGGGCCACCCGCAAGUUCUCCUCACCGCCACCCCUGUCCAUCACCAAGACGUCAUCCCCGAGCCGCCGGCGGAAGCUCUCCCUGAACAUCCCCAUCAUCACCGGCGGCAAGGCCCUGGACCUGGCCGCGCUCAGCUGCAACUCCAAUGGCUACACCGGCAUGUACUCGGCCAUGUCGCCCUUCAGCAAGGCCACCCUGGACACCAGCAAGCUCUACGUGUCCAGCAGCUUCACCAACAAGAUUCCGGACGAGGGCGAUACGCCCACCGAGAAGGCCGAGGACCCCUCCACUCUCAGCAAGCAGAGCUCAGAAGUCUCCAUGAGGGAAGAGUCGGACGCUGACCCAAACCAGAGUGACGAUGGGGGUGCUGAGGCCUCACCAACAAGAUCUCCACCGACCCCCAAAUCCAUCAAGAGCAAAAACUCUUCAGAGUUCCCGCUCUUUGCCUAUAACAAUGGAGUGGUCAUGACUUCCUGCCGGGAGCUGGACAGUACCCGCAGCGCCCUUUCGGCCACUUCCGCCUUUGCCAUAGCAACCGCAGGAGCCAAUGAGGGCACCCCAAACAAGGAGACGUACCGAAGGAUGUCCUUAGCAAGCGCAGGCUUCCCCCCAGACCAGAGGAACGGAGACAAGGAGUUUGUGAUCCGCAGAGCGGCCACCAACCGCGUUCUGAAUGUGCUCCGCCACUGGGUUUCCAAGCACUCACAGGACUUCGAGACCAACGACGAGCUCAAAUGCAAGGUCAUCAGCUUUCUGGAGGAGGUCAUGCACGACCCCGAACUCCUGACCCAGGAGCGGAAGGCGGCAGCCAACAUCACCAGGACUCUGACGCAGGAGGACCCGGGCGACAACCAGAUCACCCUGGAGGAGGUCACACAGAUGGCUGAAGGCGUGAAGGCCGAGCCGUUUGAAAACCACUCAGCCCUGGAGAUCGCAGAGCAGCUGACCUUGCUGGACCACCUUAUCUUCAAGAAGAUCCCCUACGAGGAGUUCUUCGGGCAAGGCUGGAUGAAGCUGGAGAAGAAGGAAAGGACCCCUUACAUCAUGAAGGCUUCACCCCAUUUUAACCCGAUCAGUAACUUGAUCGCUUCGGAAAUCAUUCGCAAUGAGGACAUCAAUGUAAGGGUGAGCGCCAUUGAGAAGUGGGUAGCUGUCGCCGACAUAUGCCGCUGCCUGCACAACUACAAUGCCGUGCUGGAGAUCACCUCGUCGAUGAACAGGAGUGCCAUCUUUCGGCUCAAAAAGACAUGGCUCAAGGUCUCCAAGCAGACAAAAGCUCUGAUUGAUAAGCUCCAAAAGCUUGUGUCAUCAGAGGGCAGAUUUAAGAAUCUGAGAGAAGCUCUGAAAAAGGUACCUAGGGGCCUGUGUAAGGGCCGCUCCCAGAUGCCCUGGUUCUCCCAAUACAAGGCAGAGAUAUCGCAUAUCAUCCGAGAGAUUCGCCAGUUUCAACAAACGGCCUACAAGAUAGAACACCAAGCGAAGGUAACCCAGUACUUGCUGGACCAAUCUUUUGUAAUGGACGAAGAAAGCCUAUACGAGUCAUCGCUCCGAAUAGAGCCGAAACUUCCCACCUGACCCUGUCCCCGCUCCGCCCAGCUGCCCUGUGUAGACUUGCUAUACGAUAUUGUACAUAUGCGUUUGGUGUCUCUGGAUUUUCUUCCUUGGUAUGUGCUGCUAUGAGGAUACCAGCCCGUCCUUGUUCUUAGAUUCCUGUAGACCCGGAAUACGACUCUCUGCAUCGUUGAAGACUCCGCCCACUCAGGCUCAGCCCCACCCCGCCUCCCUCGGGGUGUGUUUCCUUUAAACCGCUCCACUCCCAAGUGGGCUUCCUGGAGCCUCCCUCUUCCCAGAAGAGGAAAGAGCCCGAGCAUACACCAACCUUAAGCACCAACCCCGCUUCUGUCCAGCCCCUGCCCAGGCCUCUGGAUUAAGUCGGCCACCCAGGCAUCCACCCAGCAUGUUCCAUGUAGUUGUUAUA